AUCACCAGAGGGCGUGAGACAGUAUUGAUCCAUUACAAUAAUACGGACGGAUGUUUGUAUUCUGUACCACUGAACUCGUAGAGACAGUAUAGACUAUAGAUCUUGUAGUAAGCAGCACGUUAAUGUUUUCGUCUGAAUGCAGCGCGGGUACCGCGCACUAAUCACAUGCAUCUGUGAGUGUGUUCCUCAAGCAGACCGAGAGCUUCUGCAAUACACGAGAAAGAAAGGGAAACCAAAGGACUCCACACAGGAUUUGUGCAAAAUACAGACCAUAAGUGUAAUUUUAUAGCUCCACCGAAGGCCAGUACCGAUGGCUUUUAUGUCCAGACUGUCCCGGUCACGGAGUAAUUCCAGAUCUCCCAGCAGAAAGGACUCAGAGAAAGGCUCUUCUUCACUAACUGUGUCUGAACUUGAGCGUCUGCUGUACACGGGGAAAACUGCCUGUAAUCAUGCAGAUGAAGUGUGGCCAAGACUCUACAUAGGGGACCAAGAAAUUGCCUCAAACCGUAAAGAACUUGUCAAGCUUGGGAUCACACACAUCCUCAACUGUGCUCAGAGCAAAUGGAGAGGUGGUGCAGAGUGUUACACUGGCAUGAACAUCACGUAUCACGGCAUUGAGGCCCACGACUCACCCUCAUUCGACAUGAGCGUCAACUUCUACCCAGCAGCCGAGUUCAUUCACAGAGCGCUUAGUUCUGGAGGAACGGUUCUUGUGCAUUGUGCUGUCGGGCUGAGCAGAUCUGCUACGUUGGUUCUGGCCUACCUCAUGAUUCGGCAGAACAUGACUUUAGUGGAGGCCAUCAAGACCGUGAAGGACCACCGUGGCGUCACGCCGAACCGUGGUUUCCUACGUCAGCUCAAUGGUCUGGAUGGCAUACUCCGUGCCAGCCGCAAUGUAACAUAAAGCCAAUCGUAGCAUCUAAAUUUCAAACAUUUUGGCCCAGGCCUUUACCUAAUGUGUUUGUAUUGCAGUAAAUGAGAGCAGAGUAUCUUUACACACAUUGAGUUUAAUCCAGCUGUCCUUCUGCACUCAGUAGAAAUGCCUUAUUACAUCAGGACCUCUAGAAAUGUGUGUAAUGCCUUAUUCACUGUUAAAUGUUCACAUCUGUUCAUGUGUCUACCCACUGAAAUGUUAAUUACCAUAGAGAAUGACAUGCAUGCUUUCACUAAAUUGAGAAGGAAUGCUUAAGGGGGCUAUUCACACUCAACAUGUUUUUGCAUUUAAAACG